CAAAAAAAACACACACAUACACAAAGUACGCUUCCAAAUUGUGAAAGGAUUUGGGAACGCAAAGUCUGAACUUCCAUGUUGUCUUUUGCGUUUGUGCCGCUAAAAAGUGUUUUGAGAAUAUUUGUGUGAAUAAAGUGCUUUGUAAACUCGAAACGACCGUCAAUUUUUCCAUUUUCGAAUUAUUCAAAAGGUUUCAAAAGGUGGUGUUUGACAACUUGGAAUUAUAAACGAUCGGUACAAUGUCAGGUAUUGCGAGUGCACGAUUAGCUGAAGAAAGAAAAGCAUGGAGAAAGGAUCAUCCAUUUGGGUUUGUUGCUCGACCUACAAAGAAUCCAGAUGGCACUCUCAAUUUGAUGAGCUGGGAGUGUGCGAUACCUGGAAAAAAAUCUACUCCCUGGGAAGGAGGCCUUUACAAAUUGCGAAUGAUAUUCAAGGAUGAUUAUCCAUCGAGUCCACCAAAGUGUAAAUUUGAGCCCCCUCUCUUCCAUCCUAAUGUAUAUCCAUCCGGUACCGUGUGCUUGUCGUUAUUGGACGAAGAAAAAGACUGGAGACCAGCGAUAACGAUCAAGCAAAUCUUGCUCGGUAUUCAAGAUCUCCUGAAUGAGCCAAAUGUCAAGGAUCCUGCUCAGGCUGAAGCUUAUACAAUAUACUGUCAAAAUCGCCUAGAGUACGAGAAGAGAGUGAGAGCUCAGGCCAGAGCAAUGGCACCGCAGGAAUAAGAGUUCAUGAGCCUCGGAAUCGAGUUGCUAAAAUUAAUUUCUUCGAGAGUAACCUUUGCUCAAGCUCUCAUUUGUACACCCCAUUCUUCGCCCCGUACCCCACUAAAUAAUUUCACUCAAAUUCUCUUUUAUUACAAAAACGAGUCAAUGUUGAGGAAUCACUAAAGCAAAAAAAACAAACAAAAAAUAUAUAUAUUUCCUUAUACUUUCUUCACCGCUUUGUGCUUUCAUUUUUUCCAAUGAAAUUCUAAAAAAAUUGUCCAACUUUGGGGCUUUCCAGGGAAAUGGGGAAUUUCGAACGAGCUACAACAGCUCCUUUUUUUUACUUCUGUAACUCGUGAAAAACUUAUGAUGUUAAGAUUGCGUAUGAGAAAUUCCAGUUUGCCAUGAUCUGGAGAUUCUCGUGUCUCUGUCAGGAAACGAGUACUAAAAGUGUAAACUGUAAUUCCUAUUCGAACGAAAUGUAAUCAUUGAUAAUCCUAUAUCAUCCUAUUAGUAAUCUCAUCAACGUUAUUCGACAUAGUUUAUAAGAUUUCAAACAAAUGCAGGAAAUAUACGGAGAGGAAGAAAGGAAGAGAAAGAGAAGGAAAAUGACUUUCGUACGAUAUCAAAGUUCGCAUUUUUGAGAAGCAACAAAUUUUCAGUUUUUCUUAGUUAAUUCUUUUUUGCAAUUGAGAACUUUGAGAAUUGAUGAAUCUUGAAGUAACUAUUCAAUGAGCUUUCGAAUCAGGUUGAAUAAGAAAUGAUAAUUAAAAGCCACUAGGAUUUUAGUUUCAUUUUCAACGUUGUACUCAAUUACAAUUACAAUUCGUAACGAGAAUUACGAGGGGUGUUCGCUGCAAGAGCGUGAAAAAUGUGAUCUUAGCUUCUUCGUUUCUUCUUUUUUUUUUACGUCAAAUAGAACAAAAAUGAAAAUACCAAUAUCCUUAUUUAUAAAGAUUAGUGUUAUUGAAGAAAAGACGAACUUGAGUGAGCGCUGUAUUCGAAAAACAUGAUCAACGAAUAGAGUAAUCGCCUCAAGAGUUUCGAUAAUGUAAUCAACAGUAUGUCACGUUCGUCGUUAUAACGCUCCGAUUCCCUUUUCUUAUUUAUGCUAAUUAUUUCUACGACGUCGAUCCAGCGGAGGUGUCAAAUUUUCUGGUCCAAUAAACCUUCAUUUCCCUUAA